GGAGCUUGUAGUUUUCCCGUGGAGAUAGAUAUUAAACAGGGUAAUGAUUUACUUCAAGUUAUGACUAGUAUUACCAAGGAAAAAUGCAGUGUGUAAUGAGCACAUAAGUAUAAUACAGAAUCCAUACCAUACCUUGCCUUUGGGUAUGUGGAAAAGUGACAUUUAAGCUGAUAAAGAUUUGCGGUAACAGUUGGGGAAGUAAAGGAGUGUGUGUGUGUGUGUGUCUGUUUGUCUCUUGGAGGCAGAGGCAGACAUUAAGAACAGCCUGAAAAGCUGUGUUGAAUAUUUGGGUGACUUGAUUUAGCAUAUUUAAAAUCGUGCUGAUUUGCAGUGCUUUAUUUAUUUAUCGCCUUAUGUAUUGUAAUGAAUUUGGAAAAAUAAAGGAAUUCUUUUUUGAGGGCAAUAUCUUUCUGUCUAGAAAUAGCCUUAAAUGACAAAGUCUCAUUUCAUUGUAUGUGAAAAUGCCAUGCCUUAAAUUGUUUUUAUGGAUUGCUUGUCAGCCACAGAUUAUGAGUUGGCCUAGAAUUUCUGUUAGAGAAAAUUGAAACUAUUGUAAAGCAUUUAAUCUUUUACAGUAUUUUCUAGUCUAAUGAAACUUUUUCCAGUCAUUCAACUUUAAGUGUAAAUAGAUAUGUUAUUUGGAACGUUAAGAUUCUUUUUCAAGAGAGUUUAUUUUAAAAAAGUUAAUACUGAGGAGUUUUAAAUUAAGCUCGUCUUGAACUUGAAGCCUCAGUUUUAGCAACAAGUUUUCUGCUGGACCUGCUGUGUCACUGUUCAGCUGAUAAAUCAGGGAUUGACAUUUUAAACCCGUUUCAUAGGAUUUGUGAGCAAUUGUGCAAUACUUUUUGGAGGCAUAUUUAAUUUGAUAAUAGCGAUCUUGAAAGAGGGUGGAUCUGGAACUUUUAAAUUCUGAAACAGUACCCCAGAAUACUUUUUGGGUAUUGUCUACUGCAUUUUUAAAAAACUUAUUUCUUAAUAUAUUUAAUUGUAAAAUGGACUUAAACUUGAUUCCUUCUUUGUAUAGCUGUUUUGAGAAUGGUUAAAUUUGUACUAUUUCAUAUGUUUAUACUGAGCAUUAUAAAUGUAAGUUAUUUUUAAAAUAAUUUAAAACUCUUACGUUCAAAGCAAAGUAAUGUGCUAUUAUAAUUAGAAAGGACCAAAAAGACUCUCUUGACCACAAGGGUGAUUAAGUGUUGGAAUAAACUACAAGCAAAGUUGUGUAACCUCCAUUCCUCAAAUACCAUCUUAAAAUUGGAUCACCAAGUUACUGAAGUGCUGUCUUAUUUUCUUAAACUUUAUAAGCAUAUCUGUUAUCGUCCAUAUGUAUUGAUGAGAUAUAGAUUUCAAUCCUAGCUCUGCCACUUACUAGGUAGAUGACCUUGGGUAAGUCACUUACCCUCUCUGUACCUCAGUUUUCUCUGGGUUGUUAUGAGGAUUAAGUGACAUUGACAUGAUUCUACAAAGAAGGAUAAAGUAGGGACAUAGUGUUCCAUUUUCCUUUAAGUCUACUUCAGUAAAUAAUAAAUGUUGUGGACUCAUUGCUGUGGGUGCUUUUAUUUUUAUUACUAUUAUUUUUUAAUCAUUUCUUUUAUUCAGAGGGGGAAUAGUGUGGAAGAGGGUAUUUAUUUUGAAUCUUGAGAGCCCUCUACUUCUAUUUACCUUUCAAAGUUGUUGCUGUUUUGCAUUUAACUCAGUUGUUUGUAACAGUUGCUAUUUUAAACACUUUUGAAUUAAGCAUGUUUUGAGAUGUGUUCUGCCUGGUAUAAUCAUGUGAUGUGCAUGUAACAUAAGGUGUUCCUACUAGUUCUGAGAGCCUUGGUCACUUCUGUUGGAACUGCUUGUGUUUUUAGGUUUCUCUGUUAGUCACGUUUAUAACCUUCAGCAUGUGAGAUGAACUCAGUCUAGUUGUUGUAAAAUAAGAAAGCUACAGCUGUUUUCACAAUCUAAUCACCCAGUAAAAUUUGUCUUGAUUCUUAUUAAAGUUUCUCUUUGCUUAACUUACAAAUGUCAUCAUUAGUCUGUCAUUUCUUCUAUUUUGACCCUUUUUAGCAUGUCUAUCUUCAAUUUAUAGGUUCUGUCUUUAGCUUUAAAAUUUAUAGGGAUAAACAUUCAGAAGUAUUUAAUUCAUUUGUAAUUUUUAAACACAGUUUUAAAAUGUAGUUUUGUUGUUAAGUGUGUACCCUGUUUUUUUCUGUCCCUGGCAUCAGUUCACACCAUAAUAUCAACUCAGAACUUUUCUACUUAACAAAGCUCUGUCAAUAAUAGACUUUUGCUGUUUGAGUUUGAGGAAAAUCAAGCCUGGACUGGAGAAAAAGAAAUAGCAAUUUGGGGAAUAAUUAGUUUACAUUAGCCACCUAGAAGUAAGAUAGAAUUUAUGGAAGAGAAUAUGUGAGAGAACUAGCAAGCCUUUAUGCACUAAAGUGAAGAAAAUAGGCUAAGAACCGGCUUCUUAUCCAGAAAAUUAUUAUUAAUUUAAUUUGGAAAAAUUUGAGUAGCUAGAGCUGGACUGGCCAUUAUGGAGGAGGGGCUGCAGCACUCUCACUGCGUGAAUUGUGUCAGUAGACGGUGUAUGACCAGACCAGAGCCUGGGAUUUCCUGUGACUUGAUAGGUUGUCCAUUGGUUUGUGGAGCAGUUUUCCAUUCUUGUAAAGCUGAUGAGCAUCGACUUUUAUGUCCAUUGGAACGAGUGCCUUGCUUAAAUAGUGACUUUGGAUGUCCAUUUACAAUGGCUCGAAAUAAAGUUGCCGAACAUCUAGAAAUGUGUCCUGCAAGUGUGGUGUGCUGUACUAUGGAGUGGAACCGAUGGCCAGUUAGUUAUGCAGACCGGAAAUCGUAUGAAAAUCUAAGCAGAGAUGUUGAUGAAGUGGCACAAUUAGAUAUGGCCUUGGCCCUUCAAGACCAAAGGAUGCUCUUAGAGUCUCUCAAAGUAGCCACCAUGAUGUCAAAAGCAACUGAUAAAGUAUCAGAACCUAGAGAACAGAUCUCAGUUAAAUCAAGUGUCCCAGAAAUACCACAUACUAAUGGUUUGGUGUCUGUUGAUGAAGACUCUUAUGGUGCACUUUAUCAAGCUACUGUUGAAACAACCAGAAGUUUGGCUGUUGCUUUAGAUAUCCUGAAUACCGCCACAAGAGACGUUGGCAUGUUAAGUACGAGUCUUUGUGCUUCCCCAGAUGAAAUGAAAGAAGAAGAAAAUGCCAGAGAAAGCUUACAGAACAGAAACUUGAAAGACCAGGACCAUCUUUAUGAGGAUGAGAUAGGAGCAGUAGGUGGGAUUGACCAUAAUGACGCAAGUCAGAAUGCCCAGUCUGAACAAAAUGGUUCAAGUGAUUUAUUAUGUGACUUGGAUGCCAGUUCUUAUGGCACUUCUGCUCUUUGUAAUGGCUUUCCUUUGGAAAAUAUAUGUACACAGGUCAUUGAGCAGAAUCAGAAUUUACAUAGUGACUCAAAACAAAGUAACUUAACAAAUAGAGAAUGUGUAGCAUCAGAUGGCCCUUCAGAACCUUCUAGUUCACUUUCAGUAGCAGCACAAGUUAGGGAAGUAAUACCAUCUAAUGCUUUGCCUAAUGGCACAGUUCAGCAUAUCCUCAUGCCAGAUGAUGAUGAAGACUUGUGUUGGAAAAAAGUAGACUUAGGGGACCUAAGGAAUGUGGAUGUCUUAUCUUUCAGCCAUCCUCCUUCAUUCAAAUUUCUUUCUAAUUCAUGUUGGUCUAAACCAAAGGAAGAUAAAGCAGUAGACACAUCAGAUUUGGAAGUUGCAGAAGAUCCAAUGGGUCUCCAAGGAAUAGAUCUAAUCACAGCAGCAUUACUGUUUUGUCUAGGAGAUUCUCCAGGUGGGAGGGGUAUAUCUGAUAGCCGCAUGGUUGAUGUUUAUCACAUCGACUUUGGGACUCAGACUUUUUCACUUCCUUCUGCCAUAUUAGCUACAAAUACAAUGGUUGGGGAAAUAGCUUCAGCUUCAGCUUGUGAUCAUGCCAACCCACAGCUUUCAAAUCCAAGUCCUUUUCAGACACUUGGGCUGGAUUUAGUAUUGGAAUGUGUCGCUAGGUACCAACCCAAGCAGCGUCCAAUGUUUACAUUUGUUUGUGGACAAUUAUUUAGAAGAAAAGAAUUUUCAUCGCAUUUUAAGAACGUGCAUGGUGACAUUCAUGCUGGACUCAAUGGCUGGAUGGAACAGAGGUGCCCUUUAGCAUAUUAUGGUUGUACCUAUUCUCAGCGUAGAUUUUGUCCAUCAACACAAGGAGCAAAGAUUAUACAUGACCGCCAUUUGAGGUCAUUUGGAGUUCAGCCAUCUGUAUCUACAGUGUUAGUGGAGCCUGCUAGAAACUGUGUGUUGGGAUUACAUAGUGACCAUCUAAGUGGUCUUCCUUUUGAAGUCCUGCAGCAUAUUGCAGGCUUUCUUGAUGGCUUCAGUUUAUGCCAGCUCUCGUGUGUAUCCAAGUUAAUGAGGGAUGUGUGUGGCAGUCUUCUUCAGUCUCGUGGAAUGGUCAUACUGCAGUGGGGGAAAAGGAAGUAUCCGGAAGGAAAUUCAUCAUGGCAGAUAAAAGAAAAGGUAUGGCGAUUCAGUACUGCAUUUUGUUCUGUCAAUGAAUGGAAAUUUGCUGACAUCCUAAGCAUGGCUGACCACUUGAAGAAAUGCAGUUACAAUAUUGUAGAGAAACGGGAGGAAGCAAUCCCAUUGCCGUGUAUGUGUGUGACACGAGAACUCACUAAAGAAGGACGUUCACUUCGCUCAGUUUUAAAACCUGUACUUUAAAUACUAUAAUUCCACUUGCACAUACAUGCAAGCACCUAGUAUAAUUUCUUGGUAAUAUGUGACACUUUAUUAAUGUAUUAAAGAUUACAGCUAGCUAAAUUCAUUGUCACUAUGUAUAUAAUGUUUUGAAGUGACCUAUAUUUUUAUAAAGUACUGUUUAGUUGGAAAAAAGUUGCCUUAAUGUUUGAAAUGUGUGAAUUUUUUGGAACUUGCUGGACAGGGUGAUUUAAUUUUUAGCUACAUAAUUUUCAGAAUUAGUAUUUUUAGUGGUGUGCAUAUUUUGGUUCUUACAUUUUUUGUUUCUUAAAUAACAAGAUCCUGACCAAACAAUUUAUUCCUCAUUUUCCGUGGGUUAUAACCUAUGCAUUCAAAAAUCAAAACUUUGAUUCUAAUUUUUACAUCAUAGGCUUUUCAGAUUCAGAAAACAUUCAAUUGCUUAAACACUGCAUAAGACCAUUAUAAAGUUUUUAUUUUCUAGUUCUCCCCUUAUAUAAUUGUUGAUAUGUAGAUGAUCUCUAAUAUAUACAUAAUAUUUAAAAUCAUGAGUAAUGUUGAUAAUGCCAUUUAUCAUGUUUUAAAAAUAGUCCACAAAAAUGUUUUCACCUUACAUAUUUACAACUCUCAUACAGAGAGUUGACCAUAUGCAGCUUUUUUUUGGUUAGAUGCCACAUCCAGAGACUCAUGGCAGUGUGUUUUGUUAUGUGACAGGUUAAAGCAAAAUCAACAAAAGAACCCUGUGAAUUUACUUUAAUUUGAAACUGUAUAUGGUAUUAUAUAUUUGCUAGGUAUUUGAUAUUUGGAGAGAAGAAAAUACAGUUCGCCCUUCAUAUCUGCAGAUUCCAAAUCCAUGGAUUCAACCAAAGGAUGGAAAAUAUUUGAAAAAAAAAUUCCAUGAAAUUUCAAAAAGCAAAACUUGAAUUUGCCACUCAUCUUCGACUAUUUAUAUGGCACUUACAUUAUAUUUACAAUUACUUACAUAGCGUUUAUAUUGCAUUAGGUACUAUAAAUAAUCUAGAGAUGAUUUCCAGUAUAUGGGAAGUAUGCGUAGGUUAUGUGCAAAUACUAUGCCAUUUUAUGUAAGGGACUUGAACAUCUGUGACUUUUGGGACCGUAGCGGGGUCCUGGAACCAAUCUUCUGCAGAUCCUGAGAGAUGACUGUAUACCUCAUCUUAAGUUUGAAUUGAAUUGGGCAUAUUCCGUGAAUAAAUUUCAGAUAUUCAGAAUGCAAAGGGCUUAACUUUUUAUCACAAGUGUUUAAAAUUUUUGCCUUUUGAUGUUUAUAAAAAUCACAAUUAUGUUGUUUUAAGACAUUUUAAAAUGUGACACUUGCUAUCUUUGUAAGAUGACAAUCAUGAAACGCAGAAACCUGUCUUGGUUGACAGUCUCUUUAAAACAUUUGCAGGUUAAUAUUCCAUAGACUUCUCUACCAAAAAAGUAAGAAUUGCAUCUUUGUGUAAAACCAAAAUACAACAGAAAGAUAUUCAAAGACCUAUUCUUGAGGUAUUUUAUUAUAGUUUUCAAAUUGAUUUAUACUGUUAUUAACCUGAUAUGGUCAGUUUAGAAAAAUGAGUAUAUCAGUAUUAAGAAAUAAAUUGCAAAAAUGGAGACUUGUACUUAAAUAAUUUAGGUAACUUGUGGCAUUUGGUAGUCUGAAAUGGUUACAAGUUACUUUGCUAAAAAAACUUCAAAACUAUUUUGUCUUCUCUUCCUACAUUUGUCCCUGAGAAUGCUCUAUUAACUAGGUUCUUGAUUCCCAUGUAUGGCAAUCGGGCAGGGCAGAGCCAUUCCUUGGGCAUUACAAAAGAAUUCUGAAUUGCUUUAAGACUUGUUUUGGUUGGAUCAAGGCCUCAUUACAGUUGAAAAGCACAGCGUUAAAGACUAAUCAAUUGUUUUGCCUCACCUGUCAUUUUAAUUAGAAGAAUAUUUAUUUCUUAGUGCUUAAACCAACUAUUUCAACUGUGAGAUUUGAAUUUACAUAAACAGUCUCUUUCUGUGAAAAAGUCAGAAAUAAGAUACAAAUACUGUAAAAUAUAACUCUGCCUUUUAAAGUUUUGCUGAAGAAUGUGUCUGGUUAGGAUAGCACAAACAUUAACUUUUUGUUUUAUGGUUGUGCUUUUUUAAAAUCCUUGUUUUUUAAGUUUAGACUCCAUGUUUCCACACUGGAUCAUGAGAUAUUUAACAUUUUCUACCUUUUAUUUCUUUUACACGUCUUUGGCUGUUUUCUUUUUUGUUUAUGCCACCAUACUAUUUUGUUAAAAUGUUUUCUUUGUGCAGCAUUUGUUCAAAUUCUAAUAAAAUUAAUAUUUUCCUUUA